AUGUCUCUUUCACGAUUUGAACAAAUAGUUUUUUGUUAUACUUUAAUGAUAGUAUAUGAAUUAAAAGCUCCAAAUCUUAUUAAUCAAAUAUAUUCUGUUCAAAGUUUUAUUAAUGUAUUUAAUUUGUUGCUAUUAAUCUUGUUAAUAAUUGUACUAAGACCGGUUGGACCAUCCGAAAAUGAUCGAUGUAAUUUCUUUGAAUGGGCAAAAGGAAAUAAAAAUGC